AGCAUGUCAAGUAUGGCAUGACAUAUGGUGCGACCCCUUUUCCAUGCAAUUUGACGAAAACAAUCGUCUCGAAAUUGUCUUAUCCUAUCCGCAUCGACAUAGCGAAAAUGGCAGCCUCCGGAAAACUCUCUGUACUGGCUCGUCAACUGAGUACCAGCUCGGUCGCCGCACAGCUGGUCAAACCACCGGUGCAAGUAUUUGGUCUGGAGGGUCGCUAUGCCUGUGCCCUCUAUUCGGCUGCCUCGAAGACGAAGGCGCUGGAUGCGGUCGAGAAGGACCUGAAGGGACUGCAGACCCAGAUGCGCUCGGAUCCGAAGAUGCGCGAUCUGCUGCGUGAUCCGACCACGAAGCGUAACGUCAAGGCCGCCGCACUGAAGGAUGUUGCAGCGAAGGUUAAGUUCAACGCUGCCACCGGCAAUCUGCUGACUUUGUUGGCCGAAAAUGGUCGCCUCGGUCGUCUGGACGGUAUCAUCAAUGCAUUCAGCCUGAUUAUGGCUGCCGAGCGUGGUGAGGUGGUGUGCGAGGUGAAGACUGCCAAACCGCUGGACGAUGGACAGCGUAAGCAGCUGGAAAAUGCGCUUAAGGCAUUCCUCAAGCCGAACCAAACCAUCCAGCUGACGGCUCAGGUUGACCCAGCGCUGAUCGGUGGUAUGGUGGUAUCGAUCGGUGAUAAGUACGUCGAUAUGAGCGUGGCCAGCAAAAUCAAGAAGUACACCGACAUCAUUACGAUGCCCGUCUAAAUGCGAAAUUGAAGCAGCAAACGCUGUCCUACGAUGUAGGUUUACGG